UUUACCAUGCGCAGAACAGAAUUCACACCCUCUUCCAAACAUAAAAACUGCGACUGCUAAAUUUCUGUUUUUCCACGCUAAACCCGUCUUGUGUAUUCCUUUCACCAAUGAUCCAUUCCGUGAGGCAUGGUUUCAACUUAUGAAAUGUUUUCACCUUCUACCAGACACCAAGCCGCAUAUGGCUUGUCUCAAAACUAUGGACAUCAAACUACCUAUGCUCAAUAUACGGACAGUAUAAAUUUUAAUUCCUGCAAUGCUCAGUCGAUCAUGGAAAACAGUAGCUACCCACAGAACUUUCAUAAUUCGUGGUCUCUGUAUGCUGUAUCUGCCAAUAACCAGCCGCGAUCCCACAUGGUUCCUCUGGAUGAAUGGAUGCCUUUGACAACAAAUCCUUGCAGUUAUCAGGGCCAAGGCAUCGUGCAAUUUCCUGCAGACAGCAAUACGGCAUACCACUAUCAGAGAAAUGGAUCUGAAAUGAGUCCGGCAGACUAUUCUCUUCAAAGUCCAGGACACAUGAGGGUACAAGAAAAAAUUGAGCAAGGUGUAGUUUCAACAGAGCCGCUUGAAAAUCCUAGCUCUGAAUCUGUGGUUGCUGUGUCAAGCGAUGGUAUGAGUGGCACUGAUUCACCUGUUAAUAUGCCCCUGCAUGUUAAUCAAAGUGGGAACGGUUUAUUUAGGCCACAACCUGCAAGAAGUCCAUUUGAAUGGAUAAGGAAAACAUCUUACCAGCAGUCUCAACCAAAUCCAGGUGAAACUCAAAAUGAAGUAAAUGAUUGCAAUUAUACCCGUUCAGGCAGGACAAGAACCAAAGAUAAGUACAGAAUAGUUUACACAGAUCACCAACGAUUGGAACUAGAAAAAGAAUUCCACUACAGUAGGUACAUCACCAUAAGAAGAAAAGUAGAAUUAGCGUCCUCAUUGAAUUUAUCAGAGAGGCAAAUCAAAAUCUGGUUCCAAAACCGCAGGGCGAAAGAUAGGAGGCAGGCGAAAAAGAGGGAAGAGUUGAUGUUGAAAAACAAGGAUACUCCAGUUGUGUACCAGCAGUCAAAUAUAAGUUUAGGAAAUUUGAGUAUUUAUUGAUUUUGGUGGCAUGGCAGUGACACGAAUCUUAUACGAACAAGAUCUCACAAGAAAAUACGAAAGUUGCAUCAUAAUUCUAGUUGAUGUUCUUUAGCAAAAUAGAAUUAUAAUUCUAGUUCAGCAUCUUUUGCAAACAAAAAUAAAACAUG